AUGCCUCCAAAAAAAGGAGGUGGUUCUAAAGGUAAAGAAGAAUCAUCAAAAGAAGCUGGGAAGGAUAAAAAAGGAGGUAGUGCAGUCAAGGUGAGACAUAUUCUGUGUGAAAAGCAAUCUAAAUGUCUCGAAGCUCUAGAAAAAAUAAAAGCUGGUAUGAAAUUCAACGAAGUUGCGGCACAGUAUAGUGAAGAUAAAGCAAGACAAGGUGGAGAUCUCGGAUGGAUGACAAGAGGCUCAAUGGUUGGUCCAUUUCAGGAUGCUGCAUUUGCUUUACCAGUUUCUAGCCUAAGUAGUCCUCAAUAUACAGACCCACCAAUUAAAACUAAAUUUGGUUAUCAUAUAAUCAUGGUUGAAGGCAAAAAAUAA